AUGGAUGGCCGACGCCUCCAACACUAUCUGGCCCUCGAUGGCCCACGACUGGAAGGCGAGCAGCGGGAAGCGGCCGAGAGCCAGUCCCUUUUUGACGGGUUGGGAUGCGAUUCCGUUGCUGAUGCGAGUCUGUUCUUUGACAGUGGCGUAUUCGGUGCAGACUCGGACUUGGGCUUUGACGAGCAGGACUCGCUGUUUGGCGGUGACGCCGAUAUGGAGAGUCUGUUUGGCGAACUCGACGACGAAAACGCUCGGCAUCCGGGCUGCGCAUCCCCUCUCCCCUUCCCGCUCGCUCUGCCCCAUCCACCGCUCCCGCUUCCGCUGGAGCGCUCUUGUGACGAUGGGAUGGGAAAGGAGGAGGACAGUCUGUUGUUGCCUGAUGCCGGUCUUGAGGACCUCCCUGUUGUCGAUUUCGACUUCAACCUUGACUUUGAUGUCGAUAUCGGGCUGGCGUUCGAGCUGGAGAUGGCCCGACAGCUAAAUAAGGGUGGUGGUGGUGAAACAGGAGAAGCAGGAGAAGAGGCAGUCCCAUUCCCGUCCGGUGUCCAAGAGAGCCUUGUCGCAACCACCACAAGACCAGUUUCCCCCGCAUCAAAAACAUCUGAUGGCGGAUGGGUUUCGUCGCAACAAGCACGUCCAGGCAUUGACAUUUCCACUCACGCAGUAGGACCAUUAGCAGGCACCCAAGACGAUCAAGAAGGCCGAGGGCUUGCCGCUACCGACAAAAAUGACGACUGCGACGACAACGAGGUCGUCUUUCUGUCCUCGAGACAGGUUCAAGGGUUUGUUCAUCCACUGCCAUUGCCGAUGUCGAUUCCCCACUACCUCGAACUCCGGCCGCGCUGUCCGCAAGGCCCGCCACCUGCGCGCAUCGACCUCGACAACUGGAACGUCGAGGAGCUGCUGCCAUACGUUCAGCUUCACUCGAAACUGACAAUCCGCGGCAUCCAAGACCGGCUCGGCCUCGACGUAGACGCCGGCCGCUACAUUGUCGCAACGUGCCACGAGCACCUUGCCAACCCGGCGCACACGGUUCACAUGAGCGGCUCGUCCGACCCGACAGCUUUGCGCAUCCUCAAGGUGACGUUGAUCCUCAGCUCGUUGGCGCUACUCAAGGACGACGGAGAUGGCCACUUUGGCGUGGGCCGGCGCUGGUUUGGGCGCGACUCGCCCCUCGAGCCAAGAAGCAUGCACCCUUCGGUGGAACCUCCGGCCCUGGAUCCGCCACAUCCACACCCUACUAUCAACCUCGAAUACAGUUCACCAAGGGUUCUCCGUGAUGACUUGCUGUCUUCGAGCGCCAACAGGGACGCCCCGCUGAUCAGCAAGUCGAAGAAGGCCUCACCUUCACCCUCUGCAGCCCCAUUACCGGUCACGGCCACACCCGCAAUCGAUCUCCGCGCUGAAACCCGACCACCGGCAAACGUCAACAUCCGCUACCAUAUCAACAUCGUCGACGCCCGGUCGCAACAGCGCGUCAUCCCACAGAUCGUACUACACCACGAAGACGACAUCCGCAACGCGGGCUACUCGUAUGUGAUGGACCUGUGUGCCCAGUCAGGCAGGACCGUCGAUGCCGUGUCCAUCAUGACGCUGCCCGGCCUCGAACGCAUCACCAACGACGUAGACUGGGACCUCGUCGUGAGCCGGGUGCACGAUGAACUGCUCUUGGACGGCGAGGCGCGUGUUCUGGUGUGUUUGCAAAACUGA